AUGACCCCAUUGGUGAUACUUUCGGAAAACCGACCCGACGAGGACAUCUUGAUUGAAGACAAAGCUACCCAGAUCUCCACCGGAACGUCAGAGUUACGGGAUAUCACGAAAAUAGAGCGCAUAGGCGCACACUCACAUAUCCGCGGGUUGGGACUUGAUGACAGACUGGAACCGCGCGCCAACUCGCAAGGAAUGGUUGGGCAAGCGAAGGCGAGAAAAGCGGCAGGCAUGAUCCUGAAAAUGGUCCAAGAGGGCAGAAUCGCCGGUAGGGCCAUGCUCUUCGCGGGACCACCAUCCACUGGGAAGACUGCUAUUGCUCUCGGCAUGGCACAGACCCUGGGGCAAGACGUGCCUUUCACUAUGAUCGCGGCCUCUGAGGUCUUCUCUCUCUCUCUGUCUAAAACCGAAGCACUUACCCAGGCUUUCCGUCGGAGUAUUGGGGUGCGUAUCAAAGAGGAGACUGAGAUCAUUGAGGGGGAGGUCGUUGAAAUUCAGAUUGACCGCAGCUUGACCGGUGCCACUAAAACAGGAAAAUUGACCAUUAAAACCACGGACAUGGAAACUAUCUACGACUUAGGGACAAAGAUGAUCGAUUCACUUUCCAAGGAAAAAGUACUUGCUGGCGACGUCAUCUCCGUUGACAAAGCUUCAGGGAAGGUAUCGAAACUCGGCCGUUCUUUUGCACGCUCACGAGACUACGAUGCCAUGGGCGCAGAUACAAAGUUUGUUCAGUGCCCUGAGGGCGAAAUUCAAAAACGGAGAGAAGUAGUCCAUACCGUGUCACUCCACGAAAUCGAUGUCAUCAACAGUCGAACACAAGGCUUCCUUGCCCUGUUUGCAGGCGACACCGGAGAGAUCAAGCCCGAAUUGCGCAAUCAAAUUAACGCAAAAGUAGCUGAAUGGCGGGAAGAGGGCAAAGCCGAAAUCAUUCCUGGGGUGUUGUUCAUUGACGAAGUGCACAUGUUGGACAUCGAGUGCUUUUCUUUCCUCAAUCGAGCGCUUGAAAAUGAUUUGUCGCCACUGGUAAUCAUGGCGUCGAAUCGAGGAAUGGCUCGGAUUCGCGGGACAAAAUUCAAAAGCCCCCAUGGCCUUCCCGUCGACCUACUUGAUCGUGUUCUUAUCGUGAGCACGAAACCGUACGAAGAAGAGGAUAUUCAGCAGAUUAUCCAAAUACGGUGUCAAGAGGAAGACGUUACCCUUACCUCGGAUGCGCUCAACGUCCUCACCUCGAUGGCUGGUCAAACUACACUUCGGUAUGCCUUGAACCUGAUAUCGUGUGCUCAAAUACUCUCUCGAAAACGAAAAGCGGAGAAGGUCGACGUUGAGGACCUGCGCAGAGCUUAUACAUACUUUAUGGAUGAAAAGCGCAGUGUUCAGUGGCUGAAGGAACAACAGGGCACUCUUGUUUUCGAGGAAGUGGGAGCCAAAGAAGACACCAUGGAUGAGAGCGUCUAG